AUGAUAUACUCGGAGACUCUAUUAGGUGCCUUGCUGCUGAGCUCGUUCAUUCCUGCAGUACUUGGUGGGGGUAUGGGCUGGACUGGACCAAAUACGUGUGUAUCCGGAGCAUGCUGCACCUUUUCUAAUGACUGGUACUCUCAAUGCAUCCCUGGCAACUGUCAGGGUGGUGGAGUAACAACUGCUUCUACAACUGUGGGAGUAACCACCACUGCUACUACUCAACCGGGCUCUACUGCUACCUCCAACCCCGGAUCAGGCUCCGCGGGCUGCGGGAAGAACCCAGGACUUACCAGCGGCACCAAGUCAAUCACUGUUAACGGCAAAACUCGCCAGUAUAUUAUCAAAAUCCCUGAUAAUUACCAGAGCAACAGGCCUUACAAGUUGAUCUUCGGUCUUCACUGGCUCUCAGGGAGCAUGAAUGAUGUUGUGAACGGCCAGUACUACGGCUUGCUACCAUUGUCUAAUAACGAUGUCAUAUUUGUUGCUCCGAAUGGAUUAAACAACGGAUGGGCCAAUUCUGGAGGUGAGGACGUCGCUUUUAUUGAUGCUUUGGUCAGCACCGUUGAGGCAGGACUCUGCGUAAAUCCAAAGUUGCGCUUUGCCACUGGCUUCAGCUACGGCGGAGGGAUGUCAUACUCACUUGCCUGCUCCCGUGCAAACGUUUUCCGAGCCGUUGCAGUUAUUGCUGGCGCCGAGAUUAGCGGUUGCAGUGGUGGAACUUCUCCUGUCCCUUACUUGGGAAUCCAUGGAAUUAGUGACAGCGUUCUUAAUAUUAGUCAAGGCCGAAGCCUCCGUGACAAGUUCGUCUCCAACAAUCGCUGCAACCCACAGAGCCCUCCUGAGCCCGCCAGAGGUAGUCGCUCGCAUAUCAAGACUGUGUAUUCAGGGUGUACGUCAGGCUUUCCUGUGUGGUGGAUUGCGCACGAUGGAGACCAUGUCCCUACACCACAGGAUGGCAAUGGACAAUACUGGGCGCCAGGAGAAACAUGGACCUUUUUUAGCCAGUUUUUCUAA